GACUGGAGGGAAAAUCACACAAAGCCAUUGUGACAGGGAUAAGCGAAAACAGUGCUGUUUUACAAAAACAACCCUGUCGCCUUUGUGUGUGUGAUGACAUAUAAAUCCACCCUUAUGAAGGGGAUAUUGUUGACUGAAUUGCUACUUACUGACUACCGAUUCUGGGUUGGCUGGCUGGUUGGUUGGUAGUGCGUGUUUGUAUUCGUGUGGGGUUUAGUAAAUGUGUUAUACUCCAAAAACGCUCAAACGCUCCUACAAAUUUCUUCGCAAUAAUGUCAUUUUUGCAAAAGGCGUCGUUAAAGUUACACUUCCCAAAAAUAUAAUAGAAAGAAAAAUCAUUUCACAUUCCUCAAGCGAAAAAAGAAUGUUGACCCAUGAGGGGGGAGCAAAUUUUAUGGAAUUUUCCCUAAAGUAAUGAAGACGUUUUUAAAGUUUUUGCCAAGGAUAUCUAAUGAAAGCGGUUGGUUUGUUUGGUCGUGCUGUUGUUUGUGUGAAUUUUCGAGAAUCAAAACAAAAUGAGAGGUGGGGGUUUAGGAUGGUGGUAUAGAGGAAUAAAUGAGACGACAGCUUCAUAUCAUUUGAAUGAACCAAAGGAUUUAGGGUUUAAACACAAAGCCUCGGCUGUAAUUCGGCCAUCCUCAUAUAUGGGCAUGCUGCUCUUGGUGGCGACAACAACGACGGUGUUCUUCUUGGGACUUUUACACACCUCAAAUGCCAUUUCAAUUACAUAUCGUGAUGUUGCAGAAGAUACUCCAUUAAGCACUGCCGCCGUCCAUCAUCAUCAUGGCCGUCCACUUAGACAACAAAGAGAAACACGCAAUAAUCAGGAGGAGAAAGGCUAUUGUGCUCCCUAUCAUGGUAAAAUAUGUAAAAAUUUCAUAUCCACCCAAGUGUGGUAUAGUCGUGAUGAUCCCACCGGGGGUUGGAAGAAUGAGCAGAUUACAACUGCACUGUGGGAGGAGCUGAUAAGCGAUUUAAAUGGCCUUUGUCGCACAGCAGCGGAGAAACUCUUGUGUGCCUAUGCCUUUCCACGCUGCAUUAUGGAGAAUGGCAAAUCGGUGAAAUUGCCCUUGUGCUAUGAGGAUUGCAUGGCCACUCAUUUGCAAUACUGCUACAAUGAUUGGGUCUUGAUCGAGGAGAAAAAGGAGCGUCACAUGUAUGUGAAAAGUCGGGCACAUUUUCGUUUGCCCAAUUGUUCGAUACUGCCCAAAUACAAUAGUACUGCCCGAAAACCUGUCUGUACUUAUAUGGGCCUUACCGAAUACGAUGAAGAUGAGGCCACUUAUGACUGCCGCAAUGGCAUUGGCCGCUACUAUGUGGGCACUGUUAAUGUCACUAAAUCUGGCAUACCUUGCCAGCGCUGGGAUUCUCAACACCCACACAAACAUAUACAGCCACCAUUGAUUUUUCCUCAAAUUGAGGAGGGAGAGAAUUAUUGCCGCAAUGCUGGUGGCGAAGAGCCAUAUCCAUGGUGUUAUACUAUAGAUGAAUCUGUCCGUUGGCAACAUUGUGAUAUACCAUUGUGUCCCGAUUAUGUUGACCCAACAAUCAAGGAAAUGGAACCCAUACAAAUGGAGACUUUCUUUACACCCUAUAUUAUUUUUGUCAUGGCUGGCUUUGGUUUUGUGGCCAUUGUAUGCCUGCACUUGAUAAUACUGCUGCUGUAUAAAAUUCUCAAACACAAGGAGUUUCAAGCACGACAAAUACAACAACAAAUGACUGCCAAUCAAAAUCCUUCCAGCGAUUGUAAUCGCACAAAUUUAACAAAUCCUGGAGACUGUAACAUCUCAUCGAGCCGUGAGACAAUGGGCUCCAAUACUGUAUCUCAUCAUAAUAAAUUUGGUACCAUUAAAAGUGUGGUAACAGUACAUCAUAGCAAUAUCAUUGAACCACCACCUAAGCCUAAGCUUAACACAAAAUUGGAGAAACUGGAAUAUCCACGUGCCGAAGUGGUAUAUGUGCGUUCAUUGGGCCAGGGAGCUUUUGGAAGAGUAUUUCAGGCCAAAGCUCCCGGUUUAGUACCUGGCGAGGAUGAUCUCUUGGUGGCUGUAAAAAUGUUAAAAGACGAUGCCAGCGAUCAAAUGCAAAUGGAUUUUGAAAGAGAAGCCUGCCUGCUGGCUGAAUUCGAUCAUCCCAAUAUAGUAAAGCUUUUGGGAGUUUGUGCUUUGGGCCGACCCAUGUGUUUGCUAUUUGAAUUCAUGUCACCCGGAGAUCUUAGUGAAUAUUUACGCUCCUGCUCACCCUAUGCCACCCAUCAAAUACAUCAUCGUGACCCAUUGCAUGAGGGACAUCUUUUGCAAAUAGCUUCGCAAAUAGCAGCAGGAAUGCUGUACUUGUCCGAGCGUAAAUUUGUGCAUCGUGAUUUGGCCACCAGGAAUUGUUUGAUCAACGAACAAAUGGCUGUAAAAAUUGCCGACUUUGGUCUAUCGCACAAGAUUUACUUGCAGGACUAUUAUAAGGGAGAUGAAAACGAUGUGAUUCCCAUACGCUGGAUGCCACUCGAGUGUAUUUUGUAUAAUAAAUUCUCCAUCGAAUCGGAUGUGUGGGCCUAUGGCAUAUGCUUGUGGGAGGUAUUCUCGUUUGCUAUGCAACCCUAUUUCGGCAUGACGCAUGAGGAGGUUAUCAAAUACAUCAAAGAUGGCAAUGUGCUAAGCUGUCCCGACAACACCCCCUUGUCGGUGUAUGCUUUGAUGAGGCGUUGCUGGAAUCGCAAACCCAGCGAUAGGCCCAGUUUCAGUGAAAUCAAUCAUUGUAUACAACAUAGUAUAGCCGAAUAUGAGUAUAAAACUACUUUAGGUAUUGGAAAUUGAAAACUUGUUACAUGCAUAGUAAACUAUUUAUUACAAACAAACACACACACACACACAUACACAAACACACAUGCUUUGAUUUGCUGAUCUACGUAUGGCAAUUGUGUUGUCUUUAAGUUAGUUUUGUACUCUAUUUGAAACUUGUGUUCCUUUGAGUUACUUGUGUCUCGCUACAUUUUGAAAACGAAAUUGAAAACUGUUCCAUUUAUAUGGGGGAACUUUUCAAAAGGUCUUCCUUUUGUGGAAAUCACUCAAAUUUUUUUCCAACGAAUCUUAACAAAAAUAUAUCACAAACACACACACACACACACCUAUUUUUACUUAUAAGCCUUGUUCGAGGAAUAACGAAAUUAUAUCGAAAUGUAUCAAUCACCCCAUUAAACAAUAGUAGACUUGAAGUUAUUUGAAAAAGAAAAAACGAAACAAAACAAUAUUUAACACAUAAUCAAUCAUCACUUGAAAUUGAAGAAAACAUUUUUUAUGCAUUGCCACUCUUAUCACAUCCAUAUACCCACAUAUUUAUUAUUAGCAUAUAACUUAGAGCGCUUAGUAUAAGAAUGAAUAGUUUUUAAGAUUGGUGUUCUUUCAAUGGUUUACUAUUACUAUUAUAGAUUGCAGUAUCUGCUCACUGGUUAUGUUAUUUGUUCUUGCCCUCGCCCUCCUCCAACCCCCUUUCCCCUCCACAUGAUUUUCGAAAACCUAAAAAACGAUAGAUAUUCCUUCGGAAGAAUUUUAACCCGCUCUAAUGUUGUGAAGAAUGUAAGGAACAUAUUUUAUUAUAUUAUAUAAAACGACAAAACUCACGAGGAAAUUUUACAAAAUCGAAAUCAAAUACAAAUAUACAUACAUGCAUAUAUAUAUAUAUAUAUAUAUAUAUUACAACGUAGAAAUGUAUACAAAAUAAGUUUAGAAAUAAAGUUUUUUUUUCAUAGAAAUGUAUACAAACCAAGAAGCAACAACACACAAAACACACACAUUUAUACCUAAGGUCAUCUGAAGGGACAAAGGUAUGAGAAUUUACCCUAUUUACCCUAUAAAAAAGUCGAAUAACCAUAUCUAUUACAGUCCGUUUUAUUUUUUCUUUAAAAACGUAUAAGUACAACCUUCCUUCAAGUGCUUACAUAUUUUUAAACUUUAAAGUACAUAAUGAAAAAUUCCAAACUCUUUGGUUUUCGGAUGACGUUUUGUAUGUAAAUGUGUGUGGUAUAUGAUAACGACAUACACAAUCAUAUAUAAUAAACUUUCCAUUAUGUGUAACACUGUG